CCCCGAGUGGACUUGCAAGUUGCUGGAGGCGGUGGCGCCGCACUUAGAGGGGCUGGAGAUGGAGGACCCCGACCCGGAGCACGUGCAGGUGCUGAGUGGGAUGCCGGCACUGCGCAAGCUGCGCCUGCAGGGCGGCGAGCUCUGGGACGACGCGCCGCCGCUGCCGCCGCAGCUGGAGCACGUGUACCUCCAUCGGGCCAGCUUGGAUCAGGUUCUCUCGCUGCAGCGCAUGCCCCGCCUACGCAGCUUGACGCUGGGCUACAGCCCCUGGAAGGUAUUCCCACCGCUGCCUCCCCACCACUGCGGCCUGGAGUACCUCAACAUUUUAGGAACUCGACGAUCGCCGACUGACGACCACAUCCUCUUCUCCCUGAUCCGCGCACACAGUGCCACCCUGCAAGAGUUGCGCAUCUGGACCGGCACCUGCAAGCCGACCAACGCGGUGAUGAGCCGUUACUGCUUUUACGACGAUCUGGGCCCGAGGCUGGCCCAGUGCAACCUGCGUUCCUUGAAGUGGCUGGUACUCACCAGGUCGUCGCCCCUUGCACGAAAGGGUUCGAAAGAGGAGCUAUCGCACUGCGAUAAGGCGUGCAAGGUGCAACUGCAGUCCAUCGUUGAUGCGCUCAAGCAGAGCGGAGCUGAGACCGCCGUCCUGUGUAGCGUCUGCCACAAGCACCGCCUCAAGCAAAGUGACUUCCCUCAUGAUGAUUUGCUUGUACCAGGUUUACACCAUCUGCCGGAGGGUCGACUCUUCCGCUUCCCGUCGAAGGAAAUUGCGGGUAUCUUGGAGUCUCUUGAGCGCGUGUCCAUCCCGUCGAGCGACUUAAUUCAAUACAUGGAUCAAUUCACGAAUCUUCUAAAAAAGUGAAUGUUACCUGUCAAUGUACGCAUUGUUUGUCUUGAAAAUUACAACUCAGAUGUAGGCAGCAUGAAAAAAAGCAUUCGUUUAUCAGUUGUCUUCUUUUCUAGUUAGCAAUUUGCUAAUUGAGAUAUGAGUCGGAUUUUCUAUUGUGGGGAUAGUGCAGUACUAUGUUGAUCUGUAUUUUUGUGUUUCCUUAUGACCGCACAUUCUGGCAUUUUAAUAAAGACCAUAUUGCAACAACA